AGGCGGAAGCGGAAGCGACUCCAUGACGUUAUUUUUGUUAUGUAUACCAGCUGAUCAACAGCGCGAGCGUUGUAGCGAAGCCGCGACGCUGGAAAUAAUACCAAAAGAAACGGUUUAUUUUCGUGUUGUUUAUCUGUUUCUUGCUCCUUUGUGCAUUUUGCUUCAUUCAGGAUUUAUUUUACACCCAGUAAAACCCUCUCCAGAUGAGCGACUCGACCGUUAAUGUGCUCUGCAGGCUGGGCCAUAACAUACUGGCCUGCUGCGCUGGCGUGAAGUGUAGCAGUCAUUAUUAACUCUUCCCAAAUAAUACAAGCGGGUGGUGGAAAUAAUGGACAUUAUAACCGCUGUAAGAGCUUCCAGUGGUCUUCAGAGUAUCAGUGACUAAAAAAAAAAAAGACAGGCCUUUCUUUAGAGGUUGUUUGCGAGCACAGAAUAGCUGAAGGAAACUUGAAGUUGCUAGCAAGAGAUAUAGCCGUCAUAUAUCACCAGGCUGGUCUCCAAUGUCAGACAGCGCAGUCUUUACUGUAACAAACAUAUAACUACCACAGAAUAUCUUAGAAAUUGAGUAAAAUGUGGUUAAAACUAUUUUUCUUGCUCCUUUACUUUUUGGUUUUGUUUGUCCUGGCUCGAUUUUUCGAAGCUGUUGUGUGGUAUGAGACGGGAAUCUUUGCCACCCAGCUUGUGGAUCCUGUAACACUGAGCUUUAAAAAGCUGAAGACCAUCCUGGAGGGGAGAGGACUGGGAUACUCCGGCCUGGCUGAGAAGAGGGACGUCAGAGAGCUGGUUGAAAACUCUGGAGAACUGAUGCAAGGGGAGCUCUAUUCUGCUUUAAAAAAUGAAAAAGAAGAAGCAGGAUCAGAUUCCAGCACCAGUUUUAGUGGGGAGAUGCACUUUUAUGAGUUAGUGGAAGACACUAAAGAUGGCAUCUGGUUGGUCCAGGUAAUAGCCCAAGACAGAAAUCCACUAUUGAGUACAGCCAACUGGGGGAAAAUGGUACAGAAAGUUUCUCGCUUUGGCAUUCGCACUGGCACUUUCAACUGCUCAAGUGAUUCCAGAUAUUGCCAUAAACGUGGCUGGAUGAAGUCCACUCUGAUCAUGUCAGUUCCCCAGACUUACGCCUCUAAAGGAAAGGUCAUGCUGAAAGAAUAUAACGGUAGGCGCAUUGAAACGGAACACAUCUUCAAAUGGAUGACUGCGCACGUUGCCUCCCGCAUCAAGACCAUCCGUUUCUCACAACAGUUAAUGGAUGACUGGUACCAGAGAGAAAAGCAGCCUGUGAAGAUGUUCUUGUUUGCCAAACUGCUCCAGCCCCCUGCCUUCUUCUCAGCCCUCAGCAUCAAAUUCACAGGUCGCAUAGAGUUCAUCUUUGUUGAUGUUCGCAACUGGGACAAUGCCACUUGCUUGGAGGAGAUUGGGGUGCGGCAGAUGCCCUCAUAUAUUCUGAAAACACCAGAGGAUAUCUACAGAUAUGGCAAUAGCACUGGGGAAUACAUUUCCCUCCAUGCCAUGGAUACAUUCCUACGCUCUGUUCAACCAGAGGUCAAUGAUCUAUUUGUCCUAAGCUUGGUGAUGGUCAAUCUGAUGGCCUGGAUGGACCUUUUCAUAACACAGGGAGCCACGAUUAAGCGCUUCGUUGUUCUCAUUAGCACACUAGGAACCUAUAAUUCUUUACUCAUCAUUUCUUGGCUCCCCAUUCUUGGAUUCCUUCAGCUACCCUAUUUGGAUAACUUCUAUGAGUAUAGUCUUAAACUGCUCCGCUAUGCAGACACCACUACUCUUGCGUCUUGGGUCAGGGCAGACUGGACCUUCUAUUCUUCACACCCAGCACUUUUCCUAAGCACAUACCUGGCCCAUGGGCUCCUCAUAGACUACUUUGAGAAGAAGAGGAGAUGUGGCAAUGAAGACCAAAAUGCAAACAACCUGGAGUGGCUGUCCAGCCUUUGGGAUUGGUAUACCAGCUAUUUGGUACAUCCCAUUGCUUCCUUUCAGAAUGAGUCAGACUGGGAUGAUGAUCCUAAUUUCCUUUUAGAAAGGUUGGCCUUCCCUGACCUCUGGCUUCGCCCACUUGUUCCCAUUGACUACAUCAAAAAUCUGCCCACUUGGAGGUUCAAGUGCACACAGUCAGAAGGGACCAACAGCAUGGACCAAGAUAAUCCAACAAACAAGAUGGCGCACCCAUCGUUUGUGGAACCAGCUGGUGAGCAGCAAGAACGAGACUACAGCUCAGAGAGGGCUCAUGCCAAUGAAAGGAGUUCAGCUGGGAUGAGGGCCCAACAGUCUUGGUCUUCUGGAGAGGAACGGGACACCGAUUGGUCCCAGUGGCCCUGUGGCAUGCUUCAUUGCACAGAAUGUGUUGUUUGUUUGGAGAACUUUGAAAUGGAAUGCCUUGUCAUGGGACUGCCGUGUGGCCAUGUGUUUCACCAGCAGUGCAUCGUGGUCUGGCUGGCAGGUGGGCAGCACUGUUGCCCAGUCUGUCGGUGGCCAUCCUAUAAGAAGAGACAAGCCAAACAACCCUAUGCAGAUCUUCCACCUGAACCAGAAUAGCAUAUUCCAUUCACUGAAAAUCUGAUUCCCGUACAUAACUUAUGAAUACUUGAUGUGCCCAUUGUUAGUCUGUAGGCCUGUAGGUUCAUGUUAUCGAAUCCUGUUUUUAUUUUUGGUAGUACUUACUUGCAUACACACUAGUGUUAUGGAGGGUUUUUUGUUUUGGACAUGUUAAGCCUUCUCAUGGACUAAAUAUUAAUCAGAAAUAUUGAACUAACCUUUAGUCCAUGAAUAAUGCUUAAUCUAUACCAAAAACUGGCUUACUGGGUACCUAAAUUUUGCUAACAUUAUUUAACUAUAUACAUGGAUAAUGCGUGUGAAAAGUACAUUUUUGUAAUUGGCAAAGUGAGGCACUUUUUGUUUGUACAAACAAGGUAAUGGCACAACUAUUGAAAAGACAAGUUUCUUUCUUAGCUCUUCUGAAGGUUAGUGAUAAGAUGAAGGUAAAAUCCCCAUCAGACUUCCAUGUACAUGUUCAAUGUGCGUUUAUAAAUGUAAUGGAUUGCAAUGUCAAAUUAAGUUUCAGAGCUUGUGUAGUACAUUACACAAAUCAUUCGCAGCCCUAGGCAUCUCUGCUGAUUAUUAAUAAUUGCAUCCUUAGACCUUUCUAAGGUGGAUAGUUCUGGCCAGUAUCGAACAUCAUGGAGUUUUGUUGGGGGUUCUAUUAGAGUAUGGGUGUUGGUGAUUGUUUAGUUAGUUGCUGAUUGUCAUUAAUUAGUAGUCUCUGAGAGGACAUGGAUUAAAGAAAAUAAAAAUUAGUCACAUCAAGCAAAGCUGGAAUAAUGUUAAGAACAGAUGAUCCUAAUUUUAGGCAUUGUUAUGUAACAAUUAAAUUUCUAAACUUGCGUUCUUUGAUAUCAAGGCUUUCAUAUCCAGGCCAGUUAUAGCAAGGAACAGGACAGGAGAGACCUUAAAGGGGACAUUAAUAUGGGUUAUCCCAGAGUCCCAAGCCAAAGCACAUUAUAUACUGUCAAACUGAGUACACAAGUACCCAAGUCGUUUCAUGUCUCAAAGGGGGGAAAAAAUACCCACAGAUAUGUGGGUGAUGGUUCAGUUUUUUCUGCAGUUAACUGUUCAUUUAGAGGUGGUUAAAUUUAGACUAUGGGCACACCAAAGUCAGACACUUCAUACACCUAAAAUAGGUCCUGAAAACAAAACGCAGUAAAUAUAUUACAUACAACUGUGCAGUAAAAUCCAUUAAAAUAUUACUGACCCAUUUUACUGUCAUUUUGAUUUUGCCAAUCUCAGGUUUUGUCUCAAAAAUAUGACCCUUCUACAUGGCCCACUGGCCAUGUUAAAGGUUAGCUUGCUUAUGUCAAGCUGAUGUUACACAAUCAAACAUUUUAAAGAUGGAAUGAUGUCUUGACAUUAACCAGUGUUUAUUUUAACACUGUUUUUGAAAUGUGUCAGAUUGCUGCAUUAUGUCAAUGAAACUUGACACAUUGUUCAUUCAGACCAAAAGAUUUAGGCAAUUAAAUUCUGGUCAUUUUAGUAAACCCCUAACUUAGCUUUUCAGAGACGGGAUGUGAGGGAAACCAGUCCUAUAAUUUUACUUCAGUCAUCGUAAACCUUUAGACAUAUGGAUGUUCUAUUUAAUACAAACAAAAGAAGAAAACAAAUUAGUCAAACUUUAAAAACUUGCUUGUAUACCAGGUAAAUGGUUGACUUUGACCUGCCUGCUAGAUUCCACUACUUCUCUAAUUAAAUCUUUUUUUUUUUCAUUCAAUGAAGCAUGGAACUUGGUUUUUCCCAGAUCAUAAUGCACUGUAAUGCCAUUCUUCAUGACCUUACCCCUACUGACUGACUUCAGCUGUUUGUGUGAAUUUGAAACAGAAAUUGGAGCAUUGGUUCAUUGUAAUGUUCAAUCCAUUAAAGGUGACUUUAACUGUU